UCUGUGAAGAACAACUUCUGCCUGAAAAACAGGAGAGUAGCUCCAGGAUGUUGAAGGAGGAUCCACCAAAGAGGAAGACCAGGCACCACGGACCCUCUGGCGUCUCCUUUUUCUUUUUGACACAGACCCUUCCCUGUAAAAAGGAAGAGGAAGACUCACUGACCCCCCACAUUAAAGAGGAAGAGGAGGAACACAGCGUUAGUCAGGAAGUGACUGGUGUCCCUGUGAAGAGUGAAGAUGAUGAGGUCAAAGGUGAAAGUGAGGAGAAGAGAGAGGCGGAGCCUCCAAGCAGCAGCUCAACACAACACAUGACAACAGAAGCUGAUGGAGACCACUGUGGAGGAUCACAAGCAGACAAGAUCUUAGCUCCACUAUCAGAUAGUGAGGACACAACGUCACACUCUCCUGACACUGAUGAUGAACACUCUAAAGAUGAUGCAACAUGUCACACUGACAACACUCACUUCACAUGUUCUCACUGUCACAAAACCUUUAAUGACCAUUGCAAUAUGAAAGUACACAUGAAAACACACACUGGUGAAAAACCCUUUUCCUGUUCAACCUGUGGUAAAGGUUUUACACAAAGUCAACAUUUGAAAGGACACAUGAGAACACACACUGGUGAAAAUCCCUUUUCCUGUUCAACUUGUGGUAAAGGUUUUACACAAAGUCAACAUUUGAAAGUACACGCGAGAAUACACACUGGUGAAAAACCUUUUUCCUGUUCAACUUGUGGUAAAGGUUUUACACAAAGUCACAGUGUGAAAAGACACAUGAGAACACACACUGGUGAAAAACCUUGUAUCUGUUCAAUCUGUAGUAAAAGUUUUACACAAAGUCAACAUUUGAAAGGACACAUGAGAGCACACACUAGUGAAAAACCAUUUUCCUGUUCAACCUGUGGUAAAGGUUUUACACAGAGUCAAAAUUUGAAAAUACACAUGAGAACACACACUGGUGAAAAACCUUUUUCCUGUUCAACUUGUGGUAAAGAGUUUAGACAAAGUCAGAGUGUGAAAAUGCACAUGAGAAAACACACUGGUGAAAAACCUUUUUCUUGUUCAAUCUGUGGUAAAGGUUUUACUAAAAGGCAAUCUUUGAAAAGACACAUGAGAAUACACACUGGUGAAAAACCUUUUUCUUUGAAAAGACACAUGAGAAGACACCCAGGAGAGAAAGUGUUGAGUUGCAGUGUGUGUGGUGAAAGAUUGUCUUCUAAGUACCAGUGUAAGAAACACAAGUGUGCUGGUGAGAACAGCAGCAGCAAAUGAAACUGCAGGAUUUGAAAUAAACUGUCAAGACUUUAAUGUUGACUUUCUAACAACAUCAGCACAUAUAACAUGUGUGACAUCAUUGUUGUUUGUGUAACUAUCUUUUUAAUAUGCUUCUACAUUUAUAGAUUAGAUAGUUUGAAAUAUUGAAGUAUUCCAUAUUUGUAUUUCUACUUGUUAAUGAUCCCAUAGAUGAUCACCUUUAUAUGAUGUACAUAUGUACUGGUUCACAUGUGAAACAUCUUCUGGACCACUUCAGGAAGCAUAUUAUUAUUUACUUUAUACAUCAUUUGAACACUUGUCUUUUAUACCAUUUUAAAAUGUGUGACUUUAUGAAUUAUUUGUUGGGUCUCUAUAAUCCAUUUUAUUAAUGAUCUUUAUUACUCUCUUUUGUAAUAUGAUGAUUGUUUUAUAUGUAUGUCCCCAGACCUUUAUGCAAUAUAAAAGUGAGAGAAAAAGGCUGAA